UCAGAGGGCCCCGCGGGGACAGUGAGUCCAGGCCAAGACCCCCAGGCCUCGAAGGUCAAACCACACGUAAGGCUGGCUUCCAGGAAGCCGGUGACAUUGAGACUGUGGUUAGGGACACUGGGUCAGCUCUCUACACACCCAUUCCCUCUCUGGCCUUCCCUGCUGCCUGGUAAUUUGGGGAUAUGUGAGUCAUGGGAAGAGUACAGUACACACACACCCUGGGAGGAGGAAAAGGCCAUUCCUGUUUUUCCCUGGUUAUGAGGAUUGCCUGGGGCCUGUGAGGUGGCAGUGCCCAGCUGAGUCCCAGGAGGACCCUGGCAAAUAAGACCAACUUGCAGAAAUUCACCAGCUGCCAGACGCCGGGGAGAGACCUCAGACCUUCCAGGUCCUGGCUGUGGGCCUGGAUCGUGCUCCCAAAAGGCAUUUGGCUAACCUGGGGACCAUCCUGCAAGAGACGACUCAUUAUUUUCAGAAUCCGGGAAUCAGAACUAGAAUUUGAGGAGUGGAAUCUUACCAUCAUCACUCUGGAAUCCACAUCAGAAUCUCAGACCCUUGGAAUUUACUCAGGCAGCCCAACAGAAAGCCUUUUGUCAAAGCAUCCACAAAUAUCCACAUACUCAGAAAUUUGGCUCCGGAGGGAAAGAGGAUUCUGUCUGUCUUGUCUCCUGCUGUGCAUCUAGUAACAGAACAGGUGUCUGGGGCCUGGAUGGAGAACACGUCUCUUACCAACGAGUAUGGGGAUUAUGGCGAGAUUCCGGAUCUCCCUGUGGACUGUGUUGAUGGCGCCUGCAUCUCCAUCGACCCCUUCCAGGCGGCCCCGCUCUUGCUGUAUGCUGCGGUCUUCCUGGUGGGGGUGCCCGGCAAUGCCAUGGUGGCCUGGGUGACCCGGAAGGAGGCCCGCCAGAGGGUCGGUGCCACCUGGUUCCUCCACCUGGCUGUCGCGGACCUGCUCUGCUGUCUGUCUCUCCCCAUCCUGGCGGUGCCCAUCGCCCACCAGGGCCGCUGGCUGUACGGGUCCGUGGGCUGUCGCACCCUGCCCUCUGCCAUCCUGCUCUCCAUGUACGCCAGUGUCCUCCUCCUGGCUGCUCUCAGUGCUGACCUCUGCCUGCUGGCCCUCAGGCCCAGCUGGGGGGGUGCGGCGCGGCGGGCGUGCCGGGUGCGGGGAGCCUGUGCGGCAGCCUGGGUGCUGGCCUUGCUGCUCACUGUGCCCUCGGCCAUCUACCGCCGGCUGCGCCAGGAGCAUUUCCCACCCCAGAUGGAGUGUGUGGUGGACUACGGCGGCUCAGCCAUGGCGGAGAACUCAGUGACUGCCAGCCGGCUUAUUUUUGGCUUCCUGGGGCCUCUGAUGGUCGUGGCCAGCUGCCACAGUGCCCUCCUGUGCCGUGCGGCCCAAUGCCGAUGGCCACUGGGCACAGCUGUUGUGGUGGGGUUUUUUGUCUGCUGGGCCCCCUACCACAUGCUGGGGCUGGUUCUCACUGUGGCUGCCCCACACUCUGCGCUCCUGGCCGGGGCCCUGCGUGCUGAACCCUUGAUCACGGGCCUUGCCCUUGCUCACAGCUGCCUCAAUCCCAUGCUCUUCUUGUAUUUUGGGCGGGCUCAGCUCCGACGGUCACUGCCAGCUGCAUGUGGCUGGGCCCUGAAGGAGUCAGAGAGCAAGGAUGAAAGUGUGGUCAGCAAGAAAUCCACCAGCCAUGACCUGGUCUCAGAAAUGGAGGUGUAGGCUAAAGGGAAACGGGUCUGGAUCCUCCUAUCCCAUUUCACAAAACUGACUUCAGGCAUAGCUGGAUCCAGGGGCUCAAUGAUAUUGUCAUAUAGUUCUUUAUUCAUUCAGCAAACAUUCAUUAUGCACCAGCUAUGUGAAAGGCCCUAUUAUAGACACUGGGGAUGUAGUAGUGACCAAAACAGACACAAAUCCCUGCCCUCAGAGAGCUGACAUUUUAGUGGAGGAAGACAGAUAAUAAGAAAUAAAGAAACACAGAAUAUGUCAAGUGAUAAUAAAUGCUAAGAAACCUAAAUGGGAUAAAGAGGGCUGAAUGGGGCAGGGAUAUAGGUCAUCCAGGCAAGGCCCCUUGGGAAAGAUACUAUUUGAACCAAGACUUGAAGAAGGGAGGGAGGAGUCAUGCUUAAACUGGAAGAAAAGCAUUCCAGGCAGAGGGAACAGCAAGUGCAAAGGCCCUGGGGCAGAAUGUGCUUGGCAUAUUCCAGAAACAGUGAAGUGGCCAGUGUGGAUGGAGCAGAGUGAGUAAGAGGGAGAGUGGGGUAAGAUGAAGGGAGAGAGAGUGUUGGGGGCAGACUUUGAAAACCUUGUAGGUCACAGCAGGUGUUUGGGGAUCUUUGGGAGGAUUCUGAGCUAUCAUUAGCUGAUAAAACACAGAACACUCAAUUAAAUUUGAGUUUCAGAUCAACAACCACCACCAACAUUUUAGCAUGAGUAUGGCCCAUGCAAUAUUUGAGACAUUUUUAUACUAAAAUGAUUUGUUUAUUUGAAAUUCAAGUUUAACUGAGCAUUCUGCAAUUUUUUCCCCCUUCAAUCAGACAAGCCUAUUCUGAACAGAGGAAUGCCUUGAUUUGACUUGGAUUUUGAUAGGAUCCCUUUGGUUGCUGGUGGAGACUGGACUAUGGAGGAGGGGGAGGAAAGUUAGGAGCCACUGCAGGUAUGAGGAGGCUACUGCAAUAGUCCAAGCAAGAGGUGGUGGUGACUUGGAUAAGGAUAGCAGCAGAGAUGGAGAGAGGUUGACAACUUGUGAAUCUAUUUUGAAGGCAAGCCUAUGUCCAAGCCCCUCAGCUUGGUAUUUGAGGCUUAUUUCCACCACUGAGUAUUCCUACAUUCUAGCUGCUCAGACCCUGGAGGAGACAGAAUAGAACAGUGGCCCCUAGUAAGGUCCACAUCCUAAUGCCUUGAACCUGUGAAUACAUGACCUUAUUUGGCAAAAGGAACUUUGCAAGUGUGCUUAUGCAAAGGCUCUUGAGUCAUGGAGAGUAUCCUAGGUUACCUGGGUGAGCCAGUGUAAUCACAAGGGUCUUGACAAGAGGGAGGCAGGACGCUGAGUCAGUAGGAGAUAAGACAAUGGAAGCAGACGUCAGAGUGAUGUGAGGAGCCACAAGCCAAGGAAUGCAGGCAGCCUCCAGAGGCUGCAAAGGCAAGAAAAUAGAUUUUUUUUGAAGCCCCUCAGACAUAACGCAGACUUGCUGACACCUUGAUAUUAGACAUCUGACCUCCAUAAUUUUAAUAGAAUCAAUUUGUGUUAAGUCACUAAGUUUGUGGUAACUCGUUAUAGCAGCUACAGAAAACGAAUACAGAUCCUCUGGGCUGGAUUAUUUUCAUGCUGCUGGGCCUUCACUCAAGCUGGUGCCACUGCCUGGAAUGCCCUUCAGAGCUAAGCUGUCCAAUCUGGUAAUCACUAGCUGUCUGUGGCUAUGCAAAUUCAAAUGAAUUCAAAUUAAAAAUUUCAUUCCUUAGUUGCACAGGCCACAGUUCAAAUGCUCAAUAACCACGUGUGGCUGGUGGCUACCAUAUCGGGCAGUGCAGAUACAGAACAUUUCCAGCAUUGCAAAAAGUUCUAUUAGACAGUCUAUUAGACGGGAUAGCUCUAGAAUCUCCUUUGCUCUGAUCUUUUAAGUCACGCAGUAGUGACACCUGCAUGCAGAGUCAUUAAUCCAGGACAGCACUUUACAUAUAGUUUUUCCUUUAAGGUAAUUCUUCCAACAACCCUGGCAGGCAGAGGGAGAUGCUUCAUUUCAUAAGCCGAGGCACAGGGACCAGAGGUUAUCUGCCUAAGAUCACACAGCAAGAAAAUUACAGAGCUGAGAUUUGAUCCCAUGUUUACCUGAUUCCAGUGCCCAUGCUUUUGAUCCCCAAAUUUUCCUUCAAUGCCUUGUUCAAAUGACAUUUCUUUCAGGGAGCCCUCCCUGAUUCAUUCCCUUCCCAGGGACGAAGUAGUGUUCUCCGAGUUUCUGGAACACAAAUUCUCAGCUAAACUGUAAACUCCCCAAGGGUAAAAUCUGGGCCAUUUUUAACUUCUGACUCUCCUCCAUCCAUCCCAGGCCUUAGAAAGAGCCAAACUAUUCUGUCUGCACUGUGUUUUCUUCCAACUAGACUGUGAGCUCCCCAAUGGUGGGGAUCUCUUUCUGGCUAUCUAUUUUUUCUUUAUCUAAUACAAGGACACAUAGUAGAUCCUCAACAAUACAUAUUUAAUUUUUUGAUAUUUUAUUCAGAAUUCUCAUGCUUGAAUCAUUGUGCCCAAGAUUGCCUUGUAGAAUGAAUUAUGUCCUGGGACAAUUUAUAUAGCUUCAUGAAAAGUUGGGAGAAAUCCUGCUUUUAAUCCACUGGGGCCAGGUGUUAUUUAGAAGAUUCUUUGAUACGUUUAUAAAAAGUUCCUUGUGUUUGUUGAAAAGUAUUUUCAUUUUUUAUUGCAUCAGCCUUACUUUUUGUUAAGAAUGAAUUUCAUGAGCGCUCUCAAAUCUAUUUGUGUAGAAAUUUACAUAGAAGUUCCUUGAUCAUUAAAAACAAUCUUGCUUUGUG